GUGAAACUUUUUCCCUACAUAAAUUAGAGGCCUGCCCACCGCUACAUCAUCCCGUUGUCCCUGUCUCUGCGCAUCUUCCUUCUCCCUGUCUGCUUCUUCCAACAGUACUCGGUUUAAUUAUUCUAUUCACUCCCUUCUAAUUCAACAUUCAACAUGGUUUCCGCCAACCAAAUCGCCCUCGAGAAGGAGGACCACAAGCGCGAUGCCGAGUUCAUGAAGGCCAUGCACGGCAAGUCCACCGAGGCCAAGGGUGGUUUCGCUGCCAUGCUUUCCAAGGACACCGAGGCCAAUAAGGUCGCCGUUGACGAGUACUUCAAGCACUUCGACAACAAGACCGCUGAGAACGAGACUGACGCCGACAGAGAAGCCCGCACCAAGGAGUACGCGACUUUGACGAGACACUACUACAACCUGGCCACCGAUUUGUAUGAGUAUGGCUGGGGCCAGUCCUUCCACUUCUGCCGCUACUCUCUCGGCGAGAGCUUCUACCAGGCCAUUGCUCGUCACGAGCACUACCUCGCCAUGAAGAUCGGCAUCCAGGCCGGUGACAAGGUUCUGGAUGUUGGUUGCGGUAUUGGUGGUCCCGCCAGAGAGAUCGCCAAGUUUACCGACUGCCACAUUACCGGUCUCAACAACAACGACUACCAGAUUGAGCGCGCCACCCGGUACGCCGUCAAGGAGGGGCUCUCUGGCCAGCUCAAAUAUGUCAAGGGUGAUUUCAUGCAAAUGUCUUUCCCUGACAACUCCUUCGAUGCCGUUUACGCUAUCGAGGCCACCGUCCACGCCCCCAAGCUUGUUGGCGUCUAUAGCGAAAUCUACAGAGUGCUCAAGCCCGGCGGCAAGUUCGGUGUGUACGAGUGGUUGAUGACCGACAAGUACGACAACAACAACCUCGAGCACAGGGAUAUCCGUCUCGCCAUCGAGGAGGGUGACGGUAUCUCCAACAUGGUCACCAUCUCCGAGGGCAUCCAGGCCAUGAAGGAUGCUGGCUUCAACCUCCUCCACCACGAGGAUCUUGCCAAGCGUGACGACCCUAUCCCAUGGUACUGGGGUAUUGCUGGUGAGACCAAGUACAUGCAGUCGUACUUUGAUCUCUUCACCGUCCUCCGCAUGACCAAGGCCGGUCGCCGUGCCGUGCACGUCUUCACCGGCUUCUUGGAGAUGGUCGGUCUUGCGCCCAAGGGUACCAAGAAGACGGCCGAUGCCCUCGCCAAGGGUGCCGAUGGUCUCGUCGCCGGUGCCAAGAAGGACCUCUUCACCCCAAUGUACCUCAUGAUCGGCCAGAAGCCCCUCAACUAA